CAUAUUGCUGCCUUCAGAAACCCUGCUCCUGGAACCAUGCUAUCUACUGUUUUAUCUCGAUUUCAACGCUAAGUCUUGCAUUUUAUUUAAUUUAUUAUCAUUUUGGGAUCAAAUCGACUCGCUUGUUUAUAAACCACGAAAUAAAUUCAACUGCAUCACGAGUAAACAUUCACAUAAUUUUGGGUUCAAAAAAUUGUGAGACAAAAAAGAGGCCUCGCACAACUAAUAUCAUUUAGUUGUGUGGCACAAAAUAAAAAAAAUCGAGUUCAAACACAUCCUAAAAAUUAAAAGAAAAAGUAGCAAGACCAUUCUGUUUAUUAACCGAUUAUUCACAACAAUACACAAUCAAAAGCGAAAAGAGCAAAAGUUUGAUUAUGAAAGAAAGGGACAUCACAUAUGCAAUACACAGACAAUGCAGUGCAAUUAUUGAAAAUGAAUGCAGCUUUAAGGAUGACCUAGCCGCCACUAACGUGUCCAAUUUCUCUACAUUCUUGCACAAUGAAUGCUGGCCAUACAUCAAGUAGCUUCUAGAAAGCCCGACAGAUCUAUGGAAAAAAUUUAUUAGCAUCCAGUGUUUAUACCAAACAAACGAAUGCUAAGACAUGUUUUUUUUGCUUAUAAACAUAUGUAAGUACCUCUUGGUUGUGGCACAAUGGCCCAUCUCAUAUCUUUAAAUUUCUAAGAGAUAACCCAGGAGAGGCUCCAAAUUCACAUAAAUGCAGCUAUAGGUAUAGCCAAAGACCAACUUAGACAAUUAAUAUUCAACCCUUUGCCUUUUGCAACAAAGAACAUAAGCCACAAUCUUCUUUUUAAAUAACCAUAGUGUGCAGACCAGUUUAAGCGCGCCUAAACUAAUUCUAUGGGUACCUGUUACUUCCCACUAACACAAAAUAUAAAGCGACCAUCUCCGUCCAAGCUCUUAUAUAAACAUACAAGGAAACCAACUCCUAUAUGCCUGCACCUCCUUUGGUGCUAUAUUAAUAAAACACUUACCUUUCUCAAACAAGGCAACCAUCUCCUAUACCAAAAUGAGGGUAGAAGAACACCCAAAGCUGCAUGCAGUAAUGAUACCACUUCCUCUUCAAGGCCAUAUAAACCCAUUCACCCAUCUUGCAAUGAAGCUUGCUUCAAAAGGUUUUACCAUCACCUUUGUCAACACAGAAUCAACUCACCAGCACAUAACUAGAGCUCAGUCACUUAAAGAUGACGACGACAACCCUUUCUCCCAUGCACAGAAAUCCGGUCUUGACAUUCGUUAUGCCAAAAUUAGUGAUGGUUUCCCACUAAGUUUUGAAAGGAGGGCCAAAGCAGACCAGUUUGUGGAAGGUCUUAUUCAUGUUUUCGAAGCUCAUGUGGAUGACUUCAUUGAAAAACUAAUCCUUUCGAAACCAGACCCGCCCGUUUCGUGUAUAAUAGCUGACAGUUUCCACGUAUGGGCAUCAACGAUUGCCAAAAAAUAUAAUCUUUUCAACGUUUCAUUCUGGACUGAACCAGCAACAGUGCUUACUAUCUACUAUCACAUGGACCUGCUCAAGAGUAAAGGCCAUUUCGGAUGUCAUGAUAAGUGUGAAGACACAAUUAGAUACAUACCAGGAGUUCAAGCCAUUGAACCAGCAGAUUUACCUUCAUAUUGUCAAGAUCCUGAUUCAAGCACCGUGAUGCCCCGUUUUGUGUUCAAGUGUCUUGAAGAUGCGCAGAAAGCAGAUUUUGUCAUCUGCAACACAGUGCAAGAGCUAGAGUCCUCGGCUAUCUCAGUCAUACAAGAGAAGCAGCCAUUCUAUGCAAUUGGGCCGGUCUUCCCAGCAAGCUUUACCAAGAGAACAAUUUCAGCAGGCCUGCUGCCAGAGUCAGAUUACACCGACUGGCUCAAUAGCAAACAAGAUGGUACAGUGUUAUACAUCUCAUUUGGUAGUCUUGCUAAUAUGAGUAAACAGGAUAUUCUGGAAAUAGCACAGGGCAUUUUAAUAAGUAAGGUGAGUUUCAUUUGGGUGCUACGUCACAAUAUCCUAGGUUCUGGUGAAAGAAACAUUUUGCCUCGUAGAUUUGAGGAAGAAACAGUAGGUAGAGGACUGGUUGUGCCGUGGUGCUCUCAACUAGCAGUACUAUCACAUCCAGCAGUUGGAGGGUUUUUGACUCAUUGUGGUUGGAAUUCAAUCUUGGAAAGCAUAUGGUGUAAAGUUCCAAUGGUGUGUGUUCCUAUUUUAACAGAUCAAUUUACUAAUAGGAAAUUAGUGGUCAAUGAUUGGAGGAUUGGUGUGAAUCUUUGCACUGGAAGAUUAAUCAGGAGGGAGGAAGUAGCGGAGAAUAUUGGAAGGAUAAUGAGUAAAUCAGAUGAUUUGAGGAAGAAUAUAGAGAGAACAAAGAUGGUCCUUCACAAUGCACUGUCUGAUGAGGGAUCUUCAAAGAAGAAUCUCAACCAAUUCAUAGAAGAAAUGAAGAACAAGAUUCUUCAGAAAAAAUGAGAUGGCUCACAAGAGCUUGCUACACAUUCUCACUUACCAAUUAUGGUUCUGCAAAGCCAGAACUUAGCAAGUUAUGUAUUAGUUCUAAAAAAGUUGUUAUGCAGUGAAUAAUGACACGGCAUACAAAUUACUACGCCUUAAACUAGUUGGAUCAGCUAUAUGAAUCCUCAAAACUUUUACCGCGACCAGUUGAAUUGAUGGCAUGACAUAAUGCCAAAAAAAAAGAGCUCGGCAGAUAUAUUCAUACCAUAAAAAUAGCAUGUCAAUAUCCUCUAUAUCCCAGGCCUGAAUGUCUGAUAAUGAUAAGGUGAUGUAUUUGACAAAACACAUCUUUUA